CCUGAGCGAGCGACACAUCUAAAUAACCGUUGCUCAACCGUGUAUUCAUUAUAAUUAUUAAUCAUUUAUAUAUUAAUCAAUUUAGUUUUGUGUAAGGUUUAAACAACUGCUGGUUAGUUUCCCGCCUUAAAAAAAAUGAAAAAACGAGUAGAAAAAUCCUCCAAGGAGAAAGUGGACAAGGUGGAUUCUGUGACUGACGAAGAACCGCCUAAAACUGCAGGAAAUCUGGAGCUAGACUUCACAGAGCUGUGCAAACUCAUGGGUGUGAAAGAGAUCCCCUCCGUGAAGAUAAAGCAGUCAACAGCUACAAAUAGAGGAAUUAUGGGGGAUAAUCAUUUCCAGACAUCUUUAGAAAGUCAAAUGACAACGUGGUCUUCUAAGCCUUGCCUCCAGAUAGAGCUGGAGAAUGAAGACCACGGCAGCGUAAGGGAAGUAAAAAUAUCUGGAUGGAAGGUGGAUGAGGUGGUGCUUCAGGUGUUGAGCAGGCUAUUGCCUUCCUUUAGUAACCUACAAUGCUUACACAUGUGGCGUGCGGGCCUGACGGAUUCCACUUUCACCUCCAUUAGAAACACAGUGUUUUUGUGCUCAAACCUCAGGAAGGUGGUUUUAGAGGGUAAUCUACUCCCUGAGCAGAGUUAUCACUUACUAAUAGGGGAAGACAGCAUGUUGACGGACUUAUCACUACGUAAUAAUCAUAUAGGAGAGGAAGGAGCUCAUCUGAUUGGCUCGGCUCUGUCCACUAUACACUCUGCCAACAAAAACCUCCUGUCACUCAACCUAGCCUUUAAUAGUAUUGGUGAUGCAGGUGCAAUUCACAUUGCUCAGGGUCUGCGUCUCAACCGUUCCCUGCUGUGUCUGUCGUUAUCCUACAAUCAAAUAGGGGAUAAUGGAGCAGCUCAUUUAGCUGAGGUGCUUGGUCACUUUGCUCUGACACAUGAGGAGAUAGUUGAGAGGAGGAAGCUCUUAAUUAAAGGUGAAGAAUCAACAAUGGUCCAGCCAUCUCUAGUUAGUCUUGCAGACUCACAUGAGCGGCCUCUUUCCGUCCGCAGCAGCUCUUCUUUAGAUCGUCUCAACAAGACUACAAAGAACCCCACCAAAAAGAAGGACAACCCUAAGAAAGAUGAGAAACCAACGCCAGGUCAUGCAGCAAAGAAAGAGGAGCCAAGGGUGGCCAAGAAAGAUAAUAAAGUUCCCCGAAGUCAGGCUGGAAAAUCAGCAGGCAAAGACAAUAAUCUACUAGUAACUGAACUAGUAUCUGAACAAGAGAGAGUGGAUGAGACAGUGAUUCCUCUAUUGGAUCCUGGAAUUGUGCACACUAGAGGGAAAGUCAUUCAUCCAGGAAACACAUGCCUUACUUCUAUGAAUCUCUCAGGAAAUAAACUGACUGAGCAGUCCCUCAAGGUUUUCCUCUCCUCUCUGGAAGGCCAGCGUGAAGGUGGGCUUCUGCGUCUUUCUCUCAACAAGAAUCAUUUUCACUCAGAUUGUGACACCUUCCUGAAGAUACAGAAGAUUAUGUCUCUCAGAGACCCUCUAAAGAAAAAACGUUCUGGUCAGGUGGAGGAGGAUCACGGUGAACCCAAGACCACCAAUGAUGCCUAACAGUGUAAAUGACAAGAAGGGUUUAAUAUAUGAAAAAUAUGAAAGCUACUGCCUCAACUCAACCAUACGAAUAAUUCAUGUUUUCAUAAUUUGUUCAUCUUAUUUAUCUUUGCUGUAUUGUAUUUUUACAUAUUCACUGACAUUGUACAUGCAGUGUUAUGGACAAAGGGCUGAAUAUUAGUUUUGAUUUGUUAAACAUUUUGAUCACUACAUCUUAUUUCAGUUUUUAGUUUUGUUACUUUUUCUAGUAAGCUUCUAUUUAAAUGUAAUUGAGUUGGUCUGGGCUUUUUAAGGCAAAGGAUUGCUGAACUACCCUGUAUUAUUUUGUAUGUCAAUUUUCUCUGUACUUCUUCUGAAAUAACUGUUUACCAAUUGGUAAUUUUAAUUUGUAUUAGUCAAAAUCUUUAAAAGAUAAUUGUACCAGCUGCGUGUUUAUUCAA